UUAGCCCAAAGAGGCUGCAGUGAACCAGCGGCGGAAUUAAGAACCAAGAUGGCGGCUGAGGUGGAAUACGAGUCGGUCCUGUGUGUGAAACCUGACGUUAAUGUUUACCGAAUCGCACCGCGAGCCUCGAACCGCGCCGUCAGGGCAGCAGAUUGGAAGCUAGAUGCUCCUGACUGGAUGGGUCGAAUGAGGGUGACGGCCAAGGGGAAAGUUGCUUAUAUUAAACUGGAGGACAAGAUCUCAGGAGAGCUGUUUGCUCAGGCACCAGUUGAUCAGUAUCCUGGUAUUGCAGUAGAAACUGUGAGUGACUCAAGCCGCUAUUUCAUACUUCGAAUUCAGGAUGACAGCGGUCGUAGUGCCUUUAUUGGUAUCGGAUUUGGGGACAGAGGAGAUGCCUUCGAUUUUAACGUGGCUUUACAGGAUCAUUUCAAGUGGGUGAAGCAGGAUGAUGAGUUCAGUAAGCAGGCUCAGACUCCAGACCUAGGGCCCAAAUUAGACUUGGGCUUUAAAGAAGGCCAGACCAUCACUCUUAACAUUGGGCAAAGUAAAAAGAAAGACAAGUCCCGUCCCCAGGGUUCAGGUGGUCUUGGGCUCCUUCCGCCUCCUCCGAGUGGCAGAAUUGCGCCACCUCCAUCAGCUGUGUCCACCAAUAACAACACAGAACCAUUGAAAGAAAGCAGCCAUACAAGUUGUCUGCUAGACUUAGACAGCAAUGAUUCCAAUUCUCUGGUCCAGCCUGCUGUCACUGGUACAAACUCUGACUUGUGGGGGGAUUUCACAUCUGACAGUUUUUCAUCUCAGUCAGCCAAGCAGGACUCGUCCUCUGCAAACUGGGUUCAAUUCUAAGUGUGCGACACCCAAGUCUCUCCUUAUUUCCCCCAUCCUUACCUAUCCUACACUGAGGCUAACUAAAGUUUACCCUUACCUGCUUCCCUACACACACACACACUUUGUUUUCUUUGCACUUGAAGGGAUUUUUAUGUAUGGUUUUGUGUAAGUCUGUCAGCUACAUAAAUGUUUGUUAUGAGUAUUUAUUUAUUUAUUUAUGCAGUCUAUAUAUUUUUGGGAGUAUAUUGGGAGUAAUAAACAGAUUAUGUGUAUUUUGAAAAUGUGUAUACUUGAACAGGAAAAGGUUAGUACAGUUAAGUGUAAUAACCAAUUUUUUGAAUGUGUUUUUCCUCCAAUUUCCUCGAUCACAUUUCACCUGUACUGCUGCAGACCUCCACUUCUGACCGAGUAGGGCUGUAACUAACUCGCAUGCAGUAGCCGACCACUUUAUUUCCCCUGCACUAGGCGGGUUAAUACGGAGAUCAGUAUCACACACGGAGAAUCAUGCACUGAUCUUAAUUACCCCUGUCUUUGUGUAGGCGCUAUUGACCAGCUAGCAGAGGUCAGCAGUUUGCAGCAGUUAUGAUGAAUCCCUUAAGCCCAUCUUCCCCCAGACAAACCAAUUACUGUAUUAUACUGUACUAUACCAUAUAGCAGUGCUGAGAUUCGAACUGACAAGUUUGAAAUGUCCGCUCUGGUGGGCUAGUGUGUUUUACCGCUGCGCCACUUGUGCGCCUCAUAAACCUAAUUUUAUAUCGGGGGCUUAGGUGUUUGCUGCAUCUGAUGAUGCAAAUGAGGUUGUUAUGCGUUUAGACCAAUGGUACAGCAGGGCUGUUUUUUCUGACUAUAUGCAAUCGAUAACCAUAGCUGAGAAACACAUUAGUGCUGAACACAUAUCACAGUGGUAUAGCAGCACCUUGCGUCUUCUGUGUACUGCAUGAAAAUGUGGGCUGGAUCCAGCAAACCAUUCCAUUCAAGCAGCAAUAUUUAGACGACUGACAUCAUGCAGAAAUAAAGGCAGUCAUGUUGUCUUAUUGUGGCACAUACUUCUGUCUCAAUUGAGUUUUAAAGAUUAAAUGACUCUCCGUGUUUAAAAGAGUUUAAAAUAGCAGUGUUUUAGUGUGCAGUAAAAUGCUAUACUGUAUUUUUGUGUGCACCUCUGACCUGUUUUUUUUAUUUAUCCCCAGAAGAUUAGCAUUGCUUUUUUUCAUGCCACCUAUGUUCAGCAGUAAAGAAUUUGUCCUGAUGUGUUUAAUCCUGCUGUAUUAGAGUGUAAACUCAUACACAAUGUAUAAAUGCACAAUAAAUCAAUGUAAUGUCCAAAUAAACAACAUAAUUAGAGAAA